CUCUCUCUCUCUCUCUUUAACACACACACACAUUCUCUCUCUCUCUCUCUCUCUCUCUCUCUCUCUCUCUCUCUCUCUUUUAACACACACACAUUCUCUCUUUCUCUCUCUCUCUCUUUAAUACGCACACACUCUCUCUCUCGAUCUCUCUCUUUAACACACAUACACACAAACCCUGCUGUGAAGCGAUGGUAAUGACAAUAUUGUGAUUUUGAUCAAUAAUCCAUAAUCCAGGGACUGAUCGAGCAGGUGAAGCUGGCAGCGCCCUCUGCUGGAGAAUGAGGUCGCGAUGCAGAACAACUGGUCUCUGAUUGGUCCGCUUGAGUGGAUCCAUUACGUCAACAAACAGGUGAAGGUGAAGGCGGGAAAAGAUGAAGAGCGGCGCGGGUAUCUAAUCACAGUGGAUCCGGUGUCUGCCAGCCUGGUGUUGGUGGACUUCAGGGAGGACGGCGGGACCUCGGUCCAUGUGGUGAUGGGUCACGCUGUGGAGGAGGUGGAGGUCCUGCAGGACGCUGACGAGGCGACCAUCGAGCUCCUGCGCUCCUCCUUCCUCCCCCCCCCGAGGACCUGCAGCCUGGACUCUGAGGAGCUGCUGAGGAGGAGGGGCGGAGUCCGGAGCUGGCUCGAGAAGAACCGGGUCCCUGUGGAGGAGGAGGGGGAGGAGCUGAAGGUGGCGGGGGUCCUGACCAUUCGGGCCCCGUACGGACCUGAAGACUGCUCCAGCUCCAACCAGAUCAUUCUGGACCGCAUCCAGAGACUGAUCCAGAACCUGAUCCAGACUGAGCCCUGAAUGCAAACCAGGCCACCAAUCAGAUCUCUGCUCUGUGUCUGGACCAAUCAAAUUGGACCAGCAGCUCCGAGUGGCCUGAAACCAGUUUGACUUUGUCCAAUUACAACCACGGAACAUUGAGGCCCCCCCCCACGUGCUGAUGUCAUCAGUGUGAUUAAAACGAGAAACGUUCAAAAUAAAAGUCUGUUAUGAUGCAAGUUUUCCAAUGCUUAAAAAAUAUCUAUAUCACUUAAUUGUACAAAAUAAAACAGAUCAAUAUGUUGCAGCUGUUUUGAUGAAAAGAAUAAAAAUCUAAGAUGGAUACUCA